CCCCCCGCUGUUUAUACGUUCUCGACUUCGCAUCAGUCCCUGCCAUGCUGUCAUCCCUUGCGUCCAUAGCAACUGGCUCGAGCUCCAGAUCGCGCGAGCAUUCUCAGCCUCAAAUGCAGACGCCCGACGAUGCCCUGACCUUGUCGCGUCAGCUGGUGAAUAGCGACUCGGCAAACGACGAUCCAAACGUCAUUGCCGACGCAUCCGGCACCAAGACAUUGGCAGAAAGCUUGGACAGGCUGUACAAGAAGGGGAAAGGGGAAGGCGCGAUGCAGCUGACGCAACCGCUCGCGGAUGGCAGAGACCCGCUCAGCGUAGUCGUGUAUCCCAGAGAUACGUUGGUAGGACUGUAUAUCCUCAACGCCCGUCUCAGUCUCAUCAAGGACCAGCAAGCCAUUGGCGCAGUGACAGUCUACAUCGACGCAUUGCUGGCUCGUGCUCCACCCGAAUUGCUCCGCAUGGCUCCCAAUCGAGUAACCCACCUCGCGCGUCAAAUUGCAACCUUUUCAGCAACUCUGCGCAAUCCACAAUGGGGCCUGCAGCGACUACUGCGACUGCAUUCGAUGAGCCCAUACGAAGUGACGGUGGAUGUAUUGACGCCUCUGCACGCGAUUGUGCUGUACCAAGCUCUCAAGACGGGCGAUCUCGGCGCUAUCGGAGCUCUUGUGGAGGUCCCAGUGCAGCACGUUGCCAAACACCCCAACAACCGCUACCUGGAUGCGCUGGAAUACUUUUACUAUGCAGGUCUAGCGUACCUCAAAUUGGAUCGAUUGGACGCCGCUGCUAACGCCUUUGAAACGUGCCUGAGCGUCCCGGCUCGCGAAGUCAGCGCGAUCCAGCUGGAUGCAUACAAGAAGCUCAUUCUGGUGCAGCUCAUGCUUUACGGAAAGACUCGAUCACCGCCAAAACACGUCUCGCCGCCUUUUCAGAAGAUUUUGCGCAAUGCUGGUAGCUCCACUGGCACGCACCCUUCCACUCUGGUAGCCUACGAGACGCUGGCUCGCCUGUACGCUCGCGGUCCAGUGCUCAACCUGGCAGGUCAAGCUCAGGCUGCUAGGCAUGUCGAUCGUGGACUAGCAGACUUGCAGGAGUUCGUUGCGGCCAAAAAGGCCGACUUUGCAGCGGACGCCAAUUGGCAUUUUGUACAGUCCUUGCUUGGCCUGCAUCGCUUGCGGCGCAUUCAACGCUUGGGAGAUACGUUUGGGUCGCUCACAAUCGCAGACAUCAUCGAUCUGUUAGCUUUGCCAACUCCAUCAGGCAAUCGCGACCAAGUAGCGCAGCAAGUGGCGGCUGACCUGCUGUGGAUCGCUCAGCAAGGCUGGUCCCAAGCCACGAUAGAUGGCGACUCGACGCCGUCGCCCGAGAGCGUCGUGGUGCACUAUCAUCCAGCGUCUUCUGCGCAGACGGCGGGCAGCAUGAAUCGCGACGCUGGUACCGUGCGUCGCCUACAAGCCAUGCAUUCUGAAUUGCACCAUCUCAGCUCGGCAGUCGAACAAAAAGAGAGGACCAUUGCGACGAGCGCUAGCUAUCUGCUCAAGGUGCAACACAACACCCGACCUGCAUAUCAAGGCGGCGGCAACCUUGGCGGCGCUGGUAUGGACUUUGACGACUACGAUGAAGACGUAUUCGGAGCUUGAUGCCACGGACAAAUGCGUAAACAGCGAUUGCAGACGAGAUGUGACCAUUCGACAAGCUUCGUUGGGCCUCCUGCGAGGCGUCCCGAGGUGGUUCGUCCCAUUUCUCCUUCCGUCAUGAGUUCUCUGAGAACCCACCAUCCGAAGGGCUUCAUCCAGCUUCAUCCAUGCUGACAGGUACUUCGAAUGCAAAGAGGCUGCGGUCAUGAAGACGGUGUCCGCUGGCUCCUCGCACAAGUCGUCGUCCUCCACCAACCAUGGUGCUAGUUGCCGGUUGUGAGAUUCUAAACGGAGUACUUUGAACAUUUGCGUCUUGUAACGUCAUCGAAACAAUGGGGUCGUCUGCCAGCUUCCGACGAGGCAAAAGUCAUCUUCUCAAUCAUGAUAAUCUUUCGCCU